AUAUUCUUCCUCCUGAAAAAAAAAAAAAAGAAAAAAAUGAUCAUGAGAUUUAUCUCAUAUAUGGUGGUUGCCUUAUUGGCGGUUUCGACACAUCAUAUUCAACUUGUGGAAGCUGGAAGUUAUUCGCUAACAGCGCCUACAGGGGCAACACGUUGGGUACCAGGUCAACAAGGUCUUGUCAGUAUUGAGUCCACUGAAAAGGCAAAGUCUGCUACACCUACGAAUGAUCGCCUUUUGACGAUUACUCUUCGUUAUUACAAGAACAUUUUUCAACCGGCUGAACUCGUGGCGACGAUUAAAGAUCACACCCAACUAUUGAUUCCUUUCAAUUCAACAGCAACUCAAGUGAAGUUGGACAUUAUAGAUUUCGUAGUUCCAACGACUGUCAAUCCUGGGUCGGAUUAUUUUGUACGACUUUCAAGAAACGAUGGAUUCUUUGAUCGAGAAAAUGUGGAUACGGACCGGUUCCAAAUCCUUGCGCCAUCUACUCCAGGAACGACAUCACCUGGUGUUCCAGGUACGACAACAACAGCAGCAACCACCACAGUAGCUGUCACUACUACGCUUGUUGUUACAACCCCCACAGCAGGACCUUCGCCUACGUUGCCAGCAGGUCAAACCUGUAACGAUAUUAAGGAGCAAUGUGCGGCUCAAGGCCGCGUCUAUGAGGAAUCGACUGCAAAUACACCUUGUGCUUGUGGAGCCACAUUAGUGGUACCAACAGUUGUUGGAAGUGGAUCUCCUGGAAGCAUUAAAGCGAACGUCAAGAGCACAUUCCAGAGUACAGGAGGUCCCACUGCUGCGUUGGCGGUUUUAUUACUGGUUGUGAUGACAUUGUUUUAAAAAACAAACAAAAAAAAAAUACUUAGACUAGUACAAAAAUAUCUACAUAAUUCACCGUUAAAAUCCCCGUACGCUUACAUCAAAUACAUCAAACACAUGCACAUGAUACAGGGGUUGUAGAUCAUCAUGGUUUUUUAGAUUUUAGUGUCGAUCAUGCUAAAAUUGAAUAGGUUAUCGUAAACGCAC